AUGGUUUCAAACAAUGCUGUUCCGAUGAAGUUAGAAAGUUCUGACAGAAGAUAUGUAGUUGUCAGAACGUCAGAUUCUCAUAUGCAAGAUACAGAAUAUUUUGACGACUUAGCAGAAACUUUGACAUCUGACUUUUACAACCACUUGUUCUCAUAUUUCAUGACAUUAGAUAUUUCUAAAUUCAAUCCAAGACAAAUUCCACAUACCGAAGAGAGACAAACAUUGUUAGAAGCAAACAAGAGUGUAUAUGAACUGUUCAUAGAUGAAACUGACUUUGUGUCAUUAGAUGAAAGGUCUUUAUAUGAUGAAUAUAAACAAUAUUGUCAAGAAUAUGGUUAUAUGGCAGCUUCUAAACGUACAUUCUUGGCAAAUGUCAAAAGUCUUUUAGAUGUUCAGAAUGGUGUAUAUACAAAGAAAAAUUUUUCUGAGUAA